CAUUUGUUCUCCAUUGCCGGAGACGAGGAAGAAGAAAUGAAGAAAACGAGAAACACCGAUAUCUCGCUCGCCGGAGGAUACGACUGAGAUUCGCCGGAAAAUCUUGGACAUGGCGUCGUUUUGCCGUAUCAGCACAGGCUUGAGCUCUGUUUCUUCUUCUCCUUCUAGUAGUAGUAAGCUCUGCAAUUUUCCAGUGAGGACACGGAUUUGGAGAGGGAGUUUCAACUGCGGAGAGAGAAAGGCUUCCCGGGGCUUCACAGCCUCCGCCGGGAUAGAGAAGAGAGACGGCGGAGGAGGAUUCGCCGGUCCGACGAUGGAGGUCACCACGCUCGAUCGUAGUUUCGGUGGCUCCGCCGCUGUAGAUUUGCCCGUAUGGGACAAAAUCGGCGCCAUCGUUCGCCUCGCCUACGGAAUCGGAAUAUAUGGAGCAAUGGCUCUAACGGGGAGGUUCUUAUGUUCGAUGACCGGAAUCGACUCUUCCGGCGGUUUUGAUCCUUCUCUAGACGCGGUUCUCUCUGGACUUGGCUACGCAGCACCACCUAUCAUGGCCCUACUGUUCAUACUCGAUGAUGAAGUUGUGAAAUUGUCGCCUCAUGCUCGGGCCAUCAGAGAUGUGGAAGACGAGGAACUGAGGAGCUUCUUCUGCGGGAUGUCGCCAUGGCAGUUUAUGUUCAUUGUUGCGGCCAGUUCAGUAGGAGAAGAGCUCUUCUACCGUGCCGCUGUCCAGGGCGCUCUGGCUGAUAUGUUCUUGAGAGGAACACAGAUGAUAUCAGAUUCUCGAGGCAUUGCAUCUCUGACUGGAGUCCUGCCUCCAUUCGUCCCAUUUGCUCAAGCGUUUGCUGCUGUAAUCACCGCCACUCUUACGGGAUCUCUGUACUACAUCGCCGCUUCCCCCAAAGACCCAACAUACAUUGUGGCACCUGUGUUAAGAUCUCGGUCUGGUCGUGGCGAGUUGAAGAAACUUUUGUCAGCUUGGUACGAGAAGAGACAGAUGAAGAAGAUUUACUCUCCCCUCCUCGAAGGUCUCCUCGGCCUCUACCUCGGCCUCGAAUGGAUUCAGACGGAUAAUAUUUUAGCACCGAUCAUGACGCACGGCAUAUACUCAGCAGUCAUAUUGGGUCACGGCCUCUGGAAAAUUCAUGAUAACCGGAGAAGGCUGCGUCGGAGAAUCCAACGGUUAAAAUCCGACAUAACCUAAACCCUAGGGUCGAUUUGUAAUUUUCGUUUUUGUAGGGCCAUACACUUAGGAAGUGAGGUGGGAGACAAGAGAGUAAUCUCUCUCCCGUAAAUCCCGACACUUACAAUGUUUUAUAGAAUUGUGUUAAGUCUUUGUUUAUAUUUGUGUUAAUCCGUGUUCACAUUCAGUUAUCAUCACCACUAUCAUCA